UGCUCAGAAGACACUCUUGGCACGGAAAAGAGGGUACCUUCCAGCCCAGAGAGAUCAAAGGCUCUUUUCGCCCAAAAUCCCUUCCGUCCUCCGCUAAAUGCGAAUCGGAGACAAGGUCGAGGGGAGAUUUCAAUGGAGGAGAAGACCCUGAUGGCCACCAAUAGGGGGAAAAAGAUGGCCAAGCGGGCUUCAAGGCCGAAAAAUGGCAAACCCCCCAAGCGAUAGGCCUAGGCACAUCAAGUGCCUGCAAGUGAACCUCCAUCAUGCAAAGGCGGCCUCUGACGUCUUAUGCAGGAGGUUCAAAACAGAACUCUUGGAUGUCGCAUUCAUCCAAGAACCGUGGGUUUUCGCCGGGGCUAUUAAAGGCCUAAACGACUGUGAUGAGUUGACACAACAGGACUUAGCUGCUGUAUGGACUAAAGUGCCCACUCAAAUGGGAGAACAAGAGGUCGUUCUCGCUUCAGCUUACCUCCCAGGCGACAGCUGUGAGAUGCCCACAAGGGAAGUAAUAGCCCUAGAGGAGUACUGCAGAAGGAGAAAGCUGAAACUAAUAAUGAGCUGUGAUGCCAAUGCCCAUCACUGUGUUUGGGGCAGCUCGGACACCAAUUCUAGAG